UGUUGGUGAUAUAAUCCUUACAUUUAUUUGCAAGAUUUUUGCCUUUCACUCUUGCCUCAAUGGAAAUGGUGAAGAUCCUUUGUGCUGUUCUUUUCUUUGUUGCCUCAAUGAGUGCAGUGUUGGCUCAUGAAGGCCAUCAUCACCAUCAUCAUCAUCAUUACUCCCCAACUCCAGCUCCAGCUCCAGCACCAGGACCAAGCAGUGGUGCCUCAGCUACUUUCCCAGUUGUUGGUUCUUUUGUUGGUGCUUCUCUUGUGUCACUUGUUGCCUAUUACUUGUACUAG